CUAAACAAACUGAUCAUAAAUAUAUGGUGCCCAACCGCUGUACUUCUAAAUGGCACUGCCAACCUGCGUCAAAUGAAACAGCUGUUGUUGUUCGCGCCAAAUUGAGCUGCACUGCGCCUAUAUGUGUGCGUGUUCAACUGCGUUUUAUUUGUGUUUUAAAUUUUAUUUGGAAGAAGUAAAAAACCUGACCCAGAAAUAUGAGUGCAACCGUUGCAGAAACUGCAACAGCAGCAGAAAAUGCUGAGAAGCCAGACGAUUCAAUGGAAAAAUUACAAAUGGACGAUGAAGACGAAAAUAACGUGUCUGUUGAAGAUAUUUUGGGUGGUGAAGCGUUGCUGAUGUCGGACAGCGAUGAUGACGAGACGCCUGCACCAGCAAGUAAACAAAUAUCGCCCACAAAUAGUGACCCAAAACUACAGGACAGCGAUGAUAAUCGGAAUGAAGAUACAGCAAAAGAAGUAGUGGAGGAGAUUGUAGCACCCAAGCAUAAAAAGAAGAUAUCAGCAAUAAUUGACUCUGAUAGCGAAGAGGAGCGAGAAAAGAUGGAGACAUAUUCAGGGACAGCAAAAUCAGAAGAGAGGGAAAUCAGUCAUAAGGAAGAAGAAGAAGACGUAACGACAAAGAAAAAUAUAUCAGCAAUAGUUGAUUCUGACAGCGAAGACCAAGAUGUAGAAGACAAAGAUUCUGAGAAAACAGCAACAAUAGAUACGACAAACAAUGAUGCAGAAGAGGACGAAGGCCUACCGUCAAAACCUAAGCCUAAAAAAAAAAUAAGUGCAAUUAUUGACACGGACAGCGAAGAUGAGCAGCAGGAUAAAGAGGAGGAGAAGAGAAACAACAAACAAAACAAAAACAAGAAGUCAGAGAAGAAAAAGAAACAGCGAUUGGAAAGCGAUGAUGAGCCGAACUCCCAGUCGAGCGAUGACGAAUCAAGUGACAAGGAACCAAAAAAUAAGCUUAAAGGCAUUGUUGAUUCUGAAUCCGAAUCGGAGCGUAGUAAUAAUGAAGAGCCAACGGAACAACAGGAGACAACUGACACCUCUAAAGACAAACAACGCAAAGCCAAGCCCAUGCGGGCCUCAGCUAAGAAAGCUUUAGAUGGGAUGCAGGCUAUUCAAAGUGAACAGCAAAGGCUGCAUAGAGAGGCACAUAUUACCGUGCCCUACCAUCAACCCAAGCCCCGCACGCUGAAAGAGUUCCUUAGCAGACGCACAAUCAACAAACCACUUGCAGUGGCUUUGGCCGGCGGAAGCCCCAUGCCAAGCAAAAAGGAACCUAGAAGAUCAUUAGCUCUACGCAUGAAUAACGAGGAGUUGCAGGCAUAUGCCAAACUGAUGGAGGAACGCGCCAAGGAAGCCACCGAGUUCUUUAAAUCUGAAUCGGAACAUGAAGAUGAAGAUAGAGAUGAAGAUGAAGACGCAGAGGAUGAACCUAUGGACACAAAAGAUAAAAUAGAUGAAGGGGACACUGAAUUAGGAGACCAACUGGAAGAAAAAGCAGUUUCUGUUGCAACUGAGGAUCAGUUAGCUCUUCCAGAAACCGAGCCAGUACUUGAGAACACUGCAGAAGUCACUGAGGCCGAAGCACUAGAAGAUAAUCAAGCGAUGGCUGAAACCAUUUCGCCUACUAAAACAAGACUGGUAACUGAGAUUGUCGAGUUGCCCAAGCUGGAUUUAAGUGCUUUGGACAUUGAAUCGCCUUCAAAGCCCUCUACGCCACGUAUAAGUGAAGUCAUACGACGUCUAAAAAAUGAGAAGAGCAGCGAUAUUAGCCCUUCAUUGAAGGGUGAUGCCAACAUGGUCAUUGAUUUGGAAACGGGUGACAUGUUUACCAAGAAACCAACGGGAGUUGAUGAUUUGCUGCAGCGUCUGAUGAAAACACGAGAGGCUAAAAAGCACAAGACUACGGAGACUGUUAACAUAUUGUCAGCUACACAUGGUAAGCUGGAGCUGUCGAAGGUGAGCAUACAUUUGCAUGAGGAGGAGCCUGUCAACAAGGAGCAAAAGCCAGGCGCAGCCUACCUAAAGCUGCAGGAUCAUCUCAAGACAUUGAUAACCAAAAAGCGAAUGGAAGAGCUGCGCAAAAAGAAAGUUGAGGAAAUGGAAAAUACAAUUGAUGAAGCAGAGGAAGAUGAAGAUAUGGAUGUAGAUGAUGCUGAACCUGCAGAAUAUGAGCCACAUACAAAGCCUAACAAAAGUGAACUGAUAAUUAAUGAUGAUGAGGAAAUUGUUGAUGAAGAGGAUGCGGUAGAGGUUGAAGGUGUAGACGAGGAUGAAGAUGUGGAAGUUGAAGGUGAUGACGAAAAUGCAUGUUUGGCGUUAGAGUCAGCUGAAGAGGUAUCCGAGCAAGAGGAAACUAGUAGCAGCGAUAGCGAACCAGAAGACCAGACACAUCCGAGUAAGCGUAAAAAUCGUAUUAUCCGCGCAUUCCAGGACGACAACUCCGAUGAAGAUGAUGUGGAUUUGCUUCAGACGCCCAAGCCAAGCAAUGUGCUGCCAGUGACAAGCGACGAUCUACAAUUAUCUGCCCAUAAGCUGUUCGACACGGAAAUUCAGCGCUCGGCCAGCGACGAAGAGAACGAACUGCUUGGUCUGUGCUCCGGAAGAUUUACUCAGUCUGAAACUUCAUCAGCAGCACCAACGGUUGGAGCAUUUAUUAGUCAAAUUCCCAUAACCCAAACAACUCCAAGCACUCAACCCGAAGAAUUGGAGGCCCUGUGUUCGGGCACUUUUGAAACACAGCAAGCACCAGAGAGCAACAAAAUACUGUCCAGCGAUGAGGAGGCAAAGGAACAAUUGGAGACUGAAAAGCCGCGACAGAAAAAAUUGACUAAGAAGAGGCAAAAGAAGAAGGCCAAAUUGGGUUUCUCCGAUGAUGAAGAAAGCGAGGAUAACUCAGAUGACAAUAUGGACGAGGCGCAGGCAGAUAGUGAUGUAGAAAAGCCCGAAGAAGUACCAGAGACAUUCGUUGACUAUGACUCUGAAGAGAAUGAAAUUGUAGUCGAAAUGACAAAGAAAGAUCGUAAAUUACGUGCAUCGAACUUUGUGGAGAAGGAAGCUGAAUUAUCUGAAUCGGAAUGGGGCUCGGCUGAUGAGGAUGAAAAGAACAUGGACUGCUACGAUAUAGAGCUUGGUGACGAGGAUCAGUUUGAUCGGGAGAAAAUCCGUAACGAACUGGGACAGAUUCACGCACGGAAAAUGCUUGACCAGGACAUACGAGAAGUGCGUAAGAUAAAGGAGAUGCUCUUUGAGGAUGAGGAGGGUGCAGUGCGUCAGCGUCAGUUUCGUUGGAAAAAUUCGGAUAAUGGUUUAGGCUUUAGCUUAGACGAUCCCCGCAAUCAGAACGGCGAUGGUGAAGCUUAUGAGGGCAGCGGUGAUGAAGAGAACGAGCAUUUGUGGAGGAAGAUUCGCUACGAGCGAGAGCAGUUGUUACUCGAGAAGGGACUAAAGGGGGCAGCAGCAGGCAGCGCCUCACCUCUGUCACCCUCUGUGGCUAACAGCAAUGCAACUAUUCGCAAGCUAACCAUAAUAACAGCUAAGAAAACUACAGUGGAGGCAAAGAAGAGUUCACCAUUCCUGAUCUCAAAAAACACACAGCAGCAGCAGAAUCAACAGCGUGCGGCGCGUGGAUCGUUUCUGGUACGGGAUAAGGAGACACUUAGCAAACUAGCUGGUUUGACGAAAGGCUCAGCUGGUGAUGUGGACGGAACAGCUGGCACUGUUUCCGUAAAAUCUGCCAAAGCUAAGAACUUUGUCUUUGCCACGUUAACUGAGGAGGAGCAUGAGAGUCAAAAGCGAAAAGCGGCAGAUUUGUUAAAUAGCAGCAGUGAGACGGGCAUUAAUUUUAUGAAAAAGCCGAAACUGGAGCCUCGCCGUGAGAAGUGCCUUAUCGAUCAACUGCUUUAAAAUUAAAUUAACUUUUAAUUAGAUAUAAUUUGCAUUAAAUAUAAAUUAAAGAUAACAUGUCUU